AUGUUGAGCUCAGACAAGGUUGAUCAGGAAGGACAGGUUUUGUCUGGAGAGGUUGUUGAUGAUCCUGGUCAUGCUCAUGAUGCAGUCUUUGGAAAGAUCAGUGAUGAUGGGCCAAAUUACCGAAAUGUCGGAUGGCUUGGCACGGCAGGUCUCAUGAUGAAAACCCAACUAGGCCUCGGCAUCCUUUCCAUUCCAUCUGUCUUUGAUACCCUAGGCAUGAUACCCGGCCUAAUCUGCCUCUGCGUUGUAGCAGCCAUAACGACAUGGUCAGAUUACAUUGUUGGUACUUUCAAGCUUCGACAUAGAGAGGUUUAUGGUAUCGAUGAUGCAGGUGGGUUGAUGUUUGGGAAGGUGGGCAGAGAAAUCUUUGGCUUCGCUUUUGGCCUUUAUUGGACAUUUGUGUGUGGUUCCGCCAUGUUGAGUGUCUCGAUCGGUUUUAAUGCUGUUUCCAAUCAUGGGACCUGUACAGCUGCUUUUGUGGCUGUUGCAGCUGUUACUGGCUUCAUCUUUGCGAGUAUUCGUACACUUGGGAAACUAAGCUGGCUCGCUUGGUUAGGCCUAGUCUGUGUUAUCACCUCUGUCAUCGUUCUCACAGUCGCAGUUGGUAUCCAAGAUCGACCCGCCGCAGCUCCAAGGGAUGCCAUCUGGGUAUCAGACUAUCACCUAUUCAAGAAACCCAGCUUUACCAACGCCAUCUCAGCUAUCUGCGCCCUUAUCUUCGCAUACGCCGGCACGCCUGCGUUCUUCUCCAUUGCAGCAGAGAUGAGAGAUCCCAGACACUACACCAGAUCACUAAUACUGUGUCAAACUGUAAUUAGUGCUUGCUAUAUCGCUAUUGGCUGUGUGGUGUACUACUUCUGUGGCUCAUACGUUGCAUCGCCUGCGCUUGGCUCGGCGGGUGUUUUGAUCAAGAGGGUUAGCUACGGAAUCGCACUUCCUGGGUUGAUCGUCACUACUAUGUUGACCUGCCAUCUGGCGAGCAAGCACGUGUUUGUCCGUGUAUUGAGAGGGUCUAAGCAUUUGGCUGCCAAUACCUUUGUCCAUUGGGCAUCCUGGAUAGGAUGUACGUUCGGCAUCACUGUGGUGGCGUACGUCAUUGCCAGUGGAAUACCUAUUUUCAGUGGUCUCGUUUCGCUCAUUGGCGCUCUACUUGCCACGUCACUGUCAUUCCAGCCUAUGGGCUGUAUGUGGCUAUACGAUAAUUGGAAGCGUGGAAAGCAGGACCGAUCUGCCACUUGGUACAUCGGUGUGCUGUGGAGCUUCACGAUUAUUGUCCUGGGAACCUUCUUGACUGUGGCUGGAACGUAUGCUUCUGUGGUGGACAUCAUUGCAUCGUAUAAAUCGAAUAAGAUGUCUGACAACGACGACGUGUACAAGUAUGAGUACAAAUACGACCCAGAAGUAAGGGAAUGUGACAUCGAAGACGCCGAGGGAACGACUGCAGAGGAAUUGUACCAAGAGCAUGACAAGGUGGACAAAGACCGUGAAAAGCCAGAUGAAAAGUCAGAAAAAGAUCAUGCAAAGUCGGACAAAAGCCAUGAGAAAUCGGACGGACACAAGGAAAUCCCGGACGACGAGAAGGAUUAUGAACGUGAUGAGGCGAUCGAAAAGGUGAAGUUGAAUUUUACCGACAAGCAUUCUAGAUACGAAUCAUAG